UGUGAAGAGUGAAGACGAUCUCUUUUUAAUUCAAAAGUCUCUCUCUCUCUCUCUCUCUACUCACUUUCUCUCUCACACACUACACGUUGUGUGCACGUCAUCUAACAAACAAAAACGCUGCUCUGCUAUCGAAAAAGCAACGAUUCAAUCUUCCUCCGGUGAAUUCCGUACACUAGUUCUCUGAUUCACGAUUUCGCAGUACUGGAUUCAACUGUAUACGAAAGAUUUUGUAAAUCUGUAUACGUUUACAUACAUCAUUUAGUGUGUGUAUGUGUAUGUAUAUUUGUAGCUUAUAUCUAUAUCUUUUAACUCUUCAAUUUCAUCUGUUUGCACCGCACCGACACCGGAAAACCUAUUUAUUUUUCAAUCCAGAUUUCAUUACGAGCUCCGAUGGCCAAACGCGGAUAUAAAUUGCAGGAAUUUGUGGCGCAUACAGCGAAUGUGAAUUGUUUGAAAAUCGGGAAGAAGACACGUCGGAACUUUAUUACAGGCGGUGAUGAUGAGAAAGUGAAUCUUUGGUCGAUUGGGAAGCCAACCGCUACAACGAGUCUAAGUGGUCACACAAGCCCUAUUGAGUCUGUAGCUUUUGACUCGGCAGAAGUUUUAGUAGCUGCUGGAGCUUCUUCUGGUGUGAUAAAACUUUGGGAUCUCGAAGAAACAAAGGUGGUUCGUACACUUAAUGGACACCGAUCCUAUUGUACUGCUCUUGAAUUUCAUCCUUUUGGUGAGUUUUUUGCAUCGGGUUCAAUGGACACUAAUCUAAAGCUCUGGGAUAUUAGAAAGAAAGGGUGCAUUCACACAUAUAAAGGACAUAGAAGAGCAGUUAGUACUAUCAGAUUUAGCCCCGAUGGUCGUUGGGUGGUUUCAGGGGGACUUGAUAACGUUGUAAAGAUUUGGGACUUAACAGCCGGAAAGCUUUUACAUGAGUUCAAGUUUCAUGAAGGACAUAUUCGAUCAAUGGAUUUUCAUCCUCUCGAGUUUCUUCUAGCAACAGGUUCUUCAGACAAAACCGUGAAAUUUUGGGACUUGGAGACCUUUGAAUUGAUUGGGUCAACUCGACCGGAGGCAACAGGCGUACGAUCAGUUACAUUUCAUCCAGAUGGGAGGACCCUCUUUUGCGGGUUAGAUGGCAGUUUAAAGGUAUAUUCAUGGGAGCCUGUUAUUUGUCAUGAUGCUCUUGAUAUGGGGUGGUCAACGUUAGGUGACCUUUGCAUUGACGAUGGAAAGCUUUUAGGAUGUUCGUAUUAUCAGAAUUCUGUUGCAGUUUGGGUCGCAGACACUUCGCUUAUUGAACCACAUGCGCAUAGCAUCUUAGCUGAGGAAAAAACCCGUGUGCAGUCAAAAUUAAAUCUCCAACAAGACGUAAAAGAUAGAGUCGGUAGUCCCAGAAGGCCCACUGUGUCGCCAGAUGAUGACACAAAGGAUAUAAAGAAUAUAUACGUGGACACUGCAGGUAUGACACCUGUCGCUUCAAGAAAAUCCGGGUCUUUACCAACGGUUUUGAACCCAAACCCGCAAAUUCAUAAAGAGAUUGAUAAUGCGGCUACCCAUAAACAAGUUCCUGCUGCCAAAUUUACCGCUUCAAAAGAAUUAACGACCAAUGAACACGAAAACACUGCGGUAUCACUUAAGCCUGUUCAUAGGAGAAGGCCAUCAACUACCAAACUAGAUAUAGAAGGGAUAUCAAUAACCGUUGAAUCUGGAUUAAAAAGCGGAUCAGAUACCGCCACCCUUUCAAACUUUCAAAAAAGGAUUGUAGCAGAUGCUGCUGUUAAAGAUUCUUCCAAUGAUAAACCUUCAAUCUCUGUAACAAAAGAGAUACAAAAGGCUUCGUCUCCUGAUACGCUUCCACAGGAAACACGUGACAGGUCUGAUGAAUCAAAGAAAGAGUCGAAACCUGUUAAAUAUGUUAAUGGAGUGGCGGUUGUGCAUGGAAGGACUCGCAGUCUAGUUGAGAGGUUCGAAAAGAGAGAAAAACUGAAUACCGAUGAAACUCAAGUCAUUGAUCCAGCAGCUCAAGUAUCAACCGACACAGAUGUACCUCCCAAAAGGGUAAAUCAGUCAUAUAAUGCUGCUCCUUGUGUAGUACCUGAAGCUAAAUCCGUUCAGAUGCCAGUAAAGACACCUGAUGUGAUUGCGUCUGAAGAACCCGAAGCUAAAACACCCAACGUGCCCGUAAGGGUAAAUCAGUCAUUUAACGUAGUCCCUCGUGCAAUACCUGAUGCGGUGGCUUCUGAAGAACCUGAAGCUAAAACACCCAAGACGUCCAUAAGGGCAACUGAUGAUGUGGAUAAUGUGAUGCCUGAAAAAACACCUGAUGUGGUCUCUAACGAGGCUAAAUCAUCCCCGAUGAUAACGAAGCCUGAUGUGGGCCCAAACAUAAAAUCUGAGGAAGCUAAUUCGCCCCCUGUUAGACCUAGGACGGCUCCUAGUAUGCUACUUCCGGAGAAAGGUAAGGUCUCACCCAUGCAGAGAUCGGUGAAUUCUCGACGUGUAAUGCAAGAAAGAGUUCGACCUUCUCCAAUGCUAGUUACGCGAAGAUCUAAUGCUUCCCCUCGCAUGAUACCUGAAAGAACAACUAAAACCUCACCUGUCGUGGUGGGCCCCAGGCAUGAUACUCCCAGUCGCAUGAUGCUUCAGAAAGCUAAAUCAUCUCCAUCACUGGAUGAUGGCCCACAGACUACUGGGAGAGGUUUGAUGUCUAAAAAAGAUGACGAUGUUGCAGAUGAUUUACUGCAAAAUCAUGAUGUGUUUGUAAGUAGCCUCCGGGCUCGCCUAACAAAACUCCAGGUGGUACGGCAUUUUUGGGGACAAAAUGACACCAAGGGUGCUAUUAAUGCUUUGCGGAAGCUGCCAGAUCACGCUCCGACUGUCUUUCAGGUUCAGGCAGACGUGGUGAAUGUUCUGAUGGAAAGAAUGGAGUCCCUCACACUUGAUCACUUCUCUUCUUUGCUUCCUGUGCUUUUAGAUUUACUGGAUAGCAAAACUGAGCGGCAUAUAAGUGUAUCACUGGAACUGUUACUAAAGCUUGUGGCGGUCUUUGGGUCUGUAAUCAGCUCAACAAUUUCAGCACCUCCAACUGUGGGUGUUGAUGUUCAUGCAGAAAAAAGACUUGAACGCUGCAAUGAAUGCCACAUUCAGCUUCAGAAGAUCCGCAAAUGUCUCCCUGAUAUUAUAAGGCGAGGCGGUUUGCCAGCAAGAUGUGCACAAGAACUAAAUAUUGUUCUUCAGAAAUCAUGAUCCCUUCUAAACACCCAACAGUUUUGUCUCUUGGACUUCUUUCGUUCUACACAAUACCUUCGGGUCGCGGCCGCAACUGAAAAUGACGCCAGCCGGUAGAUAAUUGAAGGAAGCCAGUUUUAUGAUAGCUAAUUGCGGUUGGAAUUCGAGUUCUUGCUAUAAGUUGAUAUAGCAUAUGUAAUAUUUUGUGUAAAUUGAUGAUGAUUAUGAUAUGUAAUUUGUAUUCGUGAAUAAAGAUGUGUAGAUGAUAAUGAUAUGUAAACUAGGAAUGUGGAAACUAGUCUUGGUAUUUUGAAAGUAAAAUGAGUUGUUUAAAUUUGAGAAAAA